AACAACUCAAUAUAUACGUACAUACUAUUAUAAUUUGACAUACAUGCAAUUGUAGGUGUGCUUAUUAUAAAUUUGGUGAUAGGUCAUUGGCGAUUUCUGUCUGUUGGUGAUUGGAAUGCGAUCAGUGGUAGUGGUGGUGGUGGAAGAGGCGAAGAGGCGUCUGUGGAUCCGAUGGGCUCAGGCCUCAGUCCUCAGUCGUCACUCAGUCACUCCUCAGUGGCACCAAGGCCUCAGUUCCGACCGCUCGCCCGUUCAUUGACUCGGCCCGGCAACAAAUGACUCCGUUUGUCAUUGACGCCGAGUGAAGAAAGAUGUGCCAAAAAGUGUAAAAGACGCCCCUCGCCCUCCGUCGUUUCUCAAUUUUGAUUUUAUCUCAGUGAAAAAUGUCUCCUUCUAUCAUCCAGUUGCUGAGUAGUCUCAUGCUCAUCAAUUGCAAAUUUGACUGGGCCGUCGGUGAAAAUAUCGAAGGCAAUGAGAAGUGUGGAACGAAUGGACAGCAACUCAAGUACAUUUGGGGAGACGCGUUUACGGACGCCCCGAAUUGCCUCGGGCCCAAUAACAUGCCAUAUCCCUCGGCACAAAUAUCGCGAAACUUCAGAAAAUCCAACAGCAUCUGGGGCAUGAGCUCGAGAUACGGGCGGACUGCGAACAUGGUGAUUGAUCCGUCCAUAACUCAAAAUGUGCUCAUAAAGGCCCAUGAAGCAACUAAUUCCAUAUCUGGUGAAAACCAGCGAUCAGGUAGAGAUUAUUCAACAAAAGAUUCUUGCCCGACUGGGCCAACAAGACUGUGUAAAACUCGGUACAACACGACAGCACCGAUGUAUGGCGUCUCGCUCACCUCUGGUCAACCAGUCACUAUUGUGCAAAAAUUUCCAGAUCUUUUGCAGCAAGUGGUGUAUGAAGUUUGCGAGUCCAAAGAGUGCGAUGUCGUCCAUGGUGAAUGCACGCAGACCUACGUCCCUUAUCUCUUCCUUGUAAUUCCGCUUGGGCCAGUUACUUUAACGGGUCAGGAUUACGUUUUGGUGGAAAGUGGAUGCGUUUGCAAGCCUAAAGUAACAUUAACAUGAACAAGACAACUUCGCUUCAUCAAAACAAUGCUUUUGAUCUCGAUGACAUAUUGUUUAAGAAAAACGCAAUAACUGAAAAUUUUUUGACUAAAUUUACCACAAACGGAUUUCUAACUUUUAUGCAUUUAGUUUAAAUGAUAAUACGAGGUCUUAUUUAUUUUUGUAAAUAGUUUAUUUCUGUUAUUGUGAAAUUAUAUUUAUUAAAUGAAAUUGAAAAUAU